AUGAAAAUUUUAGCAAAAUUUGUCAAAAAGCAAAAAGAAAACUCCAUCAGACUACUUAAAAUUGAAGGAGAGAUAUCACAGUUCCAACUCCAGUUAAUAUAGGAUAAAAUUAUGCGUAAACAAGAUAAAAUCGAAAUGAUGUUGAUGCAAUUCAGUUCUUAAGAAGAUUUCUUAGGUCCAUAAGAAUAAGCUUAACUUCGAGCAUAAAAAUUCAGAUAAAAAUAAAUCGACUUCAAAUAUGAGGAAAUAAACAAAACGUAUUUAUGUACUCCAUUUAAAAGUGAUGAUGAAAAUCAGAAUUUUAUUGUGCAUAGAUAAAUUGUUAAAGACAUGCGGGAAGCUAUAAAGCCUUCAAGAGAAAUCUUGGAUGAAUAUGUAGGAAUGCUUAAAUCUCUAAAACUAUUGAAAAUCAAGUAACUUUAUGAAGAAAGAAUUGUAACUUUCAAUGAAACAUCAUCAGAUAUAGAAAGAGACAGCAGCGGAUGUAUUACUCCUGAAAAAGAGUUAUUCGUCCCAAAUGAAAGCUUCAAUUCAAUGUCGAAUAUAAAGCCUUAAGUAUAAUCUAAAAAUGUAUCUAGAAUGAAUAGCCCUAUUAAUUAAUCUCUAAUAAAAGACUCUUAUUUGUAUACUGAUAAGACAGACCUGCUAAUUAAUGAAUUCAUUUAAUCUAAUAAUGUAGCUAUGCCAAUAACAAAGAUCUAAACUAAUGUCUACUAAUUUGGUUCAAGAAAAGUCUCCACUAAAGUUAACAAUAGAGUUUUAUUAGUUAAAGUCAAAGGAGGCUAUAUGAGUAUGGCUAAUUUUUAUUAUUAAUACGAUGAGACCUCUCAUGUUAAACUAAUGAAUCAAGAUAAAUGCAGCACAACUUGUAGUCUAAACCUUAAUCAUGAUAAUAGUUUUUUAUUGAAUGCUGAGCAGCUAGGAAAAAUCCUCAUAACAGAUACUUCUAAAGCCAGUUUUGGUACAAGAUCUCCAUCUUUUUAUACGACUCAUUAGCCUGAUAUUUUGAAGAAAUUAAAUAUGACAGGCUCUGCUAUAGAUAGUCCUAAAUAGCCAAUCAUCUAAACUAAUCCUCUUCCUAGUAGUAGAAUAAAUCUUGCCUAGAAUUAUCUAUCUUAAUCUGUGUUUGUAGAAACUAGCAGUAAUUUUAAAGGAAAAACUUCAGGAAGUGCAUUCAAGAAAUAAAUGGCAAAGCUAUCUCCGUCUAGGGGAGAAUAGGAUUCAGAUGAUAGCAUGAGUUAGGAUUUCUAACUGGAAACAAUUUCAUCAAAGUUAGAUACAUCUUUUGAAAAUAGUGUUGAUAACUCUGAGCAAUCCUUUGAUUCUUAGCAAUAAAAAUAGCAGUCAUCUAUUCCAAAGCAAAUUCAUCUAAAUGAUUAGAUUAAGAGAUUGCAGAAAAGGCAAAAAUAAAAAAAGUGA